AUGGCCGACACCGAGGCCCCGCCCGCCGUAGAAGAGAAGCUUCCAAAGGAGGAACAGGAGAAUCACACACAGGCUGAACAAAUAAAUCAGGCUUCAACCAGUGACGAUGAGGAGGAGCAGGAGGUCAAGGGAGUCAAUGAGGACAGCGCGUCCGAUUCCACGACCUCCGAGCAUGCCGGAGAACAGGCAGCUUCCCCAGCACAACCACAACCCCAGCAGGAGAUUCCAGACCAAUCCGAUCUGCCUACGCCUACAGUGUCGACUCCGACAAUAAAUCUACCUAAUGGCGCUGCAGAUGACACUCCGCGAACCGCCGAAUUCUUCGAGCGAAAUCGUCCCAGGACAGACUCUCAGUCCACCGCAGCGACGGCAGCAACCUUUGCUACCACCGCCACGAGACCUUCAACACGAAGCUCCCUAGUAUUCGUCGUCACCGCCCUCGAAACGAUCGCCGCCUCAAAAGAUGCAAGGAAAAAUAAGAAGCUUGGUGAUGCCACAGCCAAUGCGCUGGCCGCCAUUAAGAAGGAGGGCGAUCCUUCUCGCAUCAACCCCGAGAUUCUAUUUGAGCCCCUACAGCUCGCCUCCGAAGCCAGCACCGUCGCCGUGUCCAUAACCGCAUUGGACUGCAUAGGAAAAUUGAUCAGCUAUUCGUACUUUUCCGUCCCGUCCGAGCCACUAGGCGACAACAGCGAAGUCCCGCCCCUGAUCGAGCGAGCCAUAGACACAAUAUGCGAUUGUUUCCAGGGCGAGGCGACUCCGCCAGAUGUGCAAUUGCAAAUCGUCAAAUCACUCCUGGCUGCCAUCCUGAACGACAAGAUCGUGGUGCAUGGCGCAGGUCUCUUGAAGGCAGUGCGAUUGACGUACAACAUUUUUUUGCUUUCAAAAUCGAGCGCCAACCAACAAGUAGCACAAGGCGCAUUGACACAAAUGGUCGGAACCGUUUUCGAGCGAGUGAAGACAAGGCUUGCGGCCAAGGAGGCAAGAGUCAAUCUCUCACGUGUCUCCUUGAACGAGAGGACUGAGUCGGAAGAGCAUAUCCAGGAAGAGUUUGACGGAGGUGCGCAAGAUAUAGAAGGCUCAGAACUCAAUGGCGAAGGGGAGGAAGGCGAUCGUUACGACCCAGAAACCGGAGAACCUAUCGACAAGCCCGUCGACAAACAUACCGGCCCAAAGAUCACGUUGCAGAGUUUCGAGAAUAACAUGAGCUUCAACGACGACCGUAUUCACGACAACGCCCCGACUUUGGUCACACGGAUAUCAGCGAAGGCAGGUUCCAGACAGGUGUCUGGCCAGGAACCCUCGCCAACCCCUCAUAUCGAGUCCGACGAAGAGGAAGAGGAUGAGAUUUUCGUCAAGGAUGCCUACCUAGUGUUUAGGGCCAUGUGCAGAUUAAGUACAAAAUCUCUAUCGGUAGAUCAUGCCCUGGACGUGAGAUCGCAUGGAAUGAGGUCCAAGCUUCUGUCGCUGCACAUCAUCCAGACCAUCUUGCAUAACAACAUCGCAGUGUUCGUGUCUCCAUUUGCUACCAUUAGGGGGAGCAGUGCCGAUGAGCCUACCACUUUCGUGCAAGCGAUCAAACAGUACCUUUGCUUGAGUCUCAGCAGAAACGGCGCAAGCUCUGUGAGCAAAGUAUUCGAGGUCAGCUGCGAAAUCUUCUGGCAUAUGCUCAAAUACUUGCGCGUAAUGCUCAAGAAGGAGAUUGAGGUCUUUUUGAAGGAGAUCUACCUUGCUAUUUUGGACAAGCGGAGUGCCCCCGUCUUCCAGAAGCAGUACAUUUUGCAGAUCUUUGAGAGAUUAGCCACCGAUCCACGAGCGCUCGUUGAGGUUUACCUGAAUUAUGAUUGCGACCGAACGGCACUGGACAACAUGUAUCAACGCAUCGUUGAGCAGCUAUCGAAGAUUUCUAGCGUGCCUGUCGCCGUGACGCCUGUGCAACAGCAGGCCUAUCAGGAACAUCGUGCAAAGCAAUCCCACCAGCCCGACUGGCAAACUCGCGGAAUCCUCCCACCAUCCCUGUCAACUGCUUCAAUGAACGCGACCCACGAGGCUGAGCAGGCGUAUCCACAAGACUACGCGAUGAAGCAAGAGUCACUCGAGGCUUUGGUGCAAAUCUUGCGGUCGCUCGUGAACUGGUCGGAGCAAUCCAUUGCUGAGAGCAGUCAACCCAAACCAGAUUCCAGAAACUCCGUGGACGACUUGCGGUCAUCGAUGGACACGCGAUUUGCCACGGAAUCACCAAACAUCGGGGGUGACUCUGGCACUGCUACCCCGCUUGCAGAGGACGACUUCAGUUCGCUCGAAAAAGCGAAACAAAGGAAAACUGCUCUCACAAGUGCCGUACGCCAAUUCAAUUUCAAGCCGAAACGUGGAUUGAAAGUUUUGAUCCAGGAAGGUUUCAUCGCCUCCGACUCACCUCAGGAUAUCGCUCGCUUCUUCUUGGACAAUGAUAGCAUCAGCAAAAAGGAACUAGGAGAGUUCCUGGGAGAGGGUAACCCUGAGAACAUCGCAAUCAUGCACAGCUUUGUUGAUCUGAUGGACUUCACCAAGACUCGCUUCGUAGACGCCCUGCGACGUUUCCUCCAAUCGUUCCGCCUUCCUGGUGAAGCCCAGAAGAUUGAUCGGUUCAUGUUGAAAUUCGCUGAACGCUACAUCACCGGUAACCCGAACGCUUUUGCAAACGCCGACACCGCAUACGUCCUAUCCUAUUCAGUCAUCAUGUUGAACGUAGAUCAGCACAGCAAGAAGAUGAAGGGACCUCGAAUGACUCCUGAAGAUUUCAUUAAGAACAACCGUGGAAUCAACGAUAAUGCCGAUCUUCCAGAGGAGUAUCUCCGCGGCAUCUACGACGAGAUUGCGAACAACGAGAUCGUUCUGAACACCGAACAAGAAGCUGCUGCCAAUCUCGGACAAAUUCCUCAGCCAGCCGCAGGUCUUGCCGCCAACAUUGGCCAAGCCUUGAUCGGUGGUGGUCGAGAUCUGCAAAGGGAAGCAUACGUCCAAGCAUCUGAAGAGAUGGCAAACAAGACGGAGCAAUUGUACAAGCAACUGCUGCGUGCUCAACGGCGAACGGCAACGAAGAUGCCUGUAUCCAAGUUCAUCCCCGCUUCAUCCUUCAAGCACGUGGGCCCGAUGUUCGAGGUCACUUGGAUGCCAUUCCUUACCGCGCUCUCCGGCCAAGCUCAAGAUCACAACAUCGAGAUCGUGAAAUUAUGCAUAGAGGGUAUCAAACUCGCCAUUCGCGUCGCCUGCCUGUUCGAUCUCGAAAGCCCACGCCAAGCCUUUGUUUCAUUCCUCUCCCGUUUCACCAACCUUUACAACAUCAGCGAGAUGAAGGCAAAGAACGUAGAGGCCCUCAAAGUCCUCAUCGAAGUCGCAUACACCGAAGGCAAUCUACUCCGCGAAUCGUGGCGUGACAUUCUCACAUGUGUGUCACAGCUCGAUCGCUUCCAGCUCAUCUCCACUGGAGUUGAUGAACGUGCUGUACCAGAUGUGUUGAAGGCCCAGAUUCAACCAGGAGCAGCUCCUCGAAAGUCAUUAAACGUCCCAGCCAAUCGUCGACGCCAAACAUCCAAUAUGGGUGCGAAUUACCAGGCUGAUGUUGCUGAAGAGAGUCGAUCAACAGACAUGAUAAGAGGCGUGGACCGAAUAUUCACCAACACUGCAAACCUUUCCGGCGAGGCUAUCGUCGAUUUCGUUAAAGCCCUCACACAGGUCAGUUGGCAAGAGAUUCAAUCAUCAGGACAGAGCGAAUCGCCUCGUACCUACAGUCUACAGAAACUGGUAGAGAUUAGCGGCUACAACAUGAACCGUGUGCGUUUUGAGUGGACGAAUAUUUGGCAGGUUCUUGGUGCACACUUCAACGAAGUCGGCUGCCACACCAACACUAACGUCGUCUUCUUCGCCCUAAAUUCACUGCGACAACUUUCGAUGAAGUUCAUGGAAAUCGAAGAGUUGCCGGGUUUCAAGUUCCAGAAAGACUUCCUUAAGCCAUUUGAGCAUAUCAUUAGCAAUGCGAGCGUGGUGCCGGUCAAGGAUAUGGUAUUGCGUUGUUUGAUUCAGAUGAUCCAGGCACGUGGAGAGAACAUUCGGUCAGGCUGGAAGACAAUGUUUGGCGUCUUCACUGUCGCAGCCAAGGAGCCUUAUGAGGGCAUUGUCAAUCUCGCGUUUGAGAACGUAUCCCAAGUAUACAACUCCCGAUUCGGCAUCGUCAUCUCACAAGGAGCCUUUGCCGACCUGAUCGUCUGUUUGACAGAAUUCUCGAAGAACUUCAAGUUCCAGAAGAAGUCACUCCAGGCCAUCGAGCUAUUGAAGUCGUCCGUGCCGAAGAUGCUGCGAACUCCCGAGUGCCCGUUAUCUGUCGGUGCUGGAUUCGUCAAGGACACCGAAAGUCGUUCCGCUAUACCGAAGCAGCCGAGCCGACAAACACAAGAGGAACAGUUCUGGUUCCCAGUUCUUUUCGCAUUCCACGAUGUCCUCAUGACCGGCGAGGAUUUGGAAGUGCGAUCACGAGCUCUUACAUAUCUCUUUGAGACCCUCAUAGCAUAUGGCCGCAACUUCCCUCAGGAGUUCUGGGAUAUCCUAUGGCGUCAGCUGUUAUACCCAAUCUUCAUGGUAUUGAAGUCCAAGUCGGAAAUGUCGAAGGUGCUCAACCAUGAAGAGCUAUCUGUCUGGCUUUCAACAACUAUGAUCCAGGCUUUGCGGAACAUGAUCAAGCUCUUCACUCAUUUCUUUGAGUCAUUAGAAUACAUGUUGGAUCGCUUCCUCGAUCUCCUUGCUCUUUGCAUCUGUCAGGAGAAUGACACAUUGGCCCGCAUCGGAAGUAACUGCCUGCAACAGCUGAUCCUGCAAAACGUUCAAAAGUUCGAACCACGACACUGGAGCCAGAUCGUGAAAGCCUUUGUAGAGCUCUUCCAGCGAACGGAGGCCACAGCUUUGUUUUCGGCUGCCACUAGUGGUUCAUCAUACACGCCUACAAAUGGCAGCGCUCGCGACACUCCUGGCGGCAGAACUCCAUCUGCGGAAUCGCCGUCUCCUGCUGAGUUGCAGCUCCAGACACCCGCAGAGGAACCGAGCCCAGACAAUGCACUUGGCAUCAACGGCCUGACUGAUCGACGGCCAUCUGUGGUCACUUCGGAGGCAUCAAGUACUGCAACAAUAGAACAACGAAUGCCGUCUCCCCUGCCUAAGCGGCAAACACAGGAUCUAGAAGAUUAUCGACCUGAGAGCCAGGACCUCCAGCAGCCUCCUGUUGUCGUCACCGCAGCCCGCCGUCGUUUCUUCAACCAGAUCAUCACGAAGUGUGUUCUGCAACUACUCAUGAUCGAAACCGUGCAAGAGCUCUUCACGAACGACGCCGUCUACGAAAAGAUCCCAUCCGGCGAGCUUCUGCGACUAAUGGCCGUCCUCAAGAAGUCCUACCAUUUCGCCAAACGCUUCAACGCCGACCGCGACCUCCGCACCCGCCUCUUCAGAGAAGGCUUCAUGAAGCAGCCGCCCAACCUCCUCAAGCAAGAAUCCGGCUCCGCCUCCGUCUACAUCAGCAUCCUCUUCCGCAUGUACCACGACAAAUCCAACGACCGCGCCGCGUCGCGCGACGAGACCGAAGCCGCCCUCAUCCCCCUCUGCGAAGACAUCAUCGCGUCGUACAUCGAGCUCGACGAGGAGACCCAGCAGCGCAACAUCGUGACCUGGCGGCCCGUCGUCGUCACCGUCCUCGAAGGCUACAUCAACUUCCCGGACGGCGAGUUUGAAAAACACAUCGACGUCUUCGCGCCGCUCGUCGUCGGGCUGCUCGGCACAGAAAUGGCGGCGGACGUCCAGCGCGCGGUGCAAGCGCUCGUCAUGAAGAUCUUCGAGUCGAAACUCGGGAUCGAUAAGGUGAGCCUCAUGACGCCGGUCGCGAGGAGUCCGAGGGGGAGCUUUAGUAAUAGUCCUAUGAUUCCGCGUCGCGCGAGCCGGAGUAACAAGUAG